UGUGUAUAUUGAUUUCUCUCUAUUUAAAUGUAGCCAACAAAAACCCGGCGGUGAUGCUCUCUUAUUCUUACUAUUCUAUCCUUCCUCACCACAAAUAUACAUACAUAUUUUCUUCUUGUAUUGCUAUAUUUUUCCCUCUAUCUCUACUCUCUCUUUCAUUUUCUCAUCAUUUCACUUCAUUUCCUCUUUUUUUGAUUUUUUAUUGGUUUGGAUAACCUUUUUUGCAGGUCACCUUCGCUUCCCUCCAUUUAUUUUUUUGUUUUUACUCCAUUAUGCUUGUUUUAGCAAUUGAGCUUUUUUGUCAGUUGCUUUUUGUUCAUCCAUAUUCUGAAGUUGCAACUGAGGUUAACGCUAGAUUAGGCCUCUGUUUCAAAGCACUCGACAAUUUUCCUCAAGCAUUAAAGCACUUAAAUAUUGCCUUAGAAGACACAAAAGAGUGCCUGGCAUUACCAAAGUUCUUUCUUCGUUUUCAGAUAGCGCAUUGUUUUGACGUUGCAGGAGAAGUUCGAAAAGCCGUUGAGGAAUACCGUCGUUUAUUGUCUGAUCACGAUCGAAGUAUUGUUCCAUUAAAUAAUCAACUUCUUUCUGCUAUUUAUGGACGUCUUGGCUGGAUAAGUCUAUGUUCAAGGGAACGCGAACCUCGAGAGGAAAUUCGACUUCAAAAGUUAAAGGAAGCAGAAGCAUUAUUACAACGAGCUCGCGAAUUACAACCAGUAGAUAGCAAGGCAAAUUGUUAUUCAGGACUUUGUUUUAGUGACCAGACUCGUGUGGCUAAUAAAUUUAUACAGGAAAAUAAUUCUGGUAAACAUCAACAAAGAACAAAUUCAAAUCAACAAAAUAAUCAAAACAUUCUGAGAUAUAAUCCGGAUCACACCGCACAAAAUGCCUUUGUAAGCUAUAGAACGGCUAUUGAUAGUGACGAAUCGGAUGCGAAUACUUGGCGAUCCAUUGGGGUUUUAUAUCAAGAACAAAGCCAACCUUCUGACGCAUUGGAGUCAUUUACUUGUUCUGUGCAAUUGAAUAACAAACAUUACGCUGCUUGGCUUGAUCUUGGGCAGCUUUACGAGAAGCAUCGUCAAUAUAACGAUUCACUAUUUUGUUACGAAAAAGCUUUGCAAGCUAAUCCAGAACCACCCGAACAACUCUAUACUAGAAUCCAUAUCAUUCAACGAGAAUUCAAUAAAAUUGGUGGGUCAGCUAAUUACACUUAUCUGGCAGAAAAACAUUACGAUUUGCUAGAUAAGAAAAAGCAGCUGCAACAAUCUAAUCGUCAAUUGGAUCCGCUGGCUCACAUUGAGUGUGCUUGGCAACUGGGUAUACCUGCGCAAGUUCGUCAGCGACUUUUAGAUUUAAAAAAGCAACAAGAGAAUAAAUAUCGUGAAGGCUCUAUUCUUUUUAAUAUGCACGAUUUGAUCGCUAGCUCUAUGAAGAAUGACACUAACGAACGCUCAUUGACACCUACUCAGCGACAGAUUAUGCAAAUUCUUAAAUUUAACCAGGACCAGUUAGAGUUUCAUGAGAGUACAUUACUUCACGAGCUUGAACAAAGGGUGGGUGAUACGCAUGAAGGCACUUCAACAACAAAGCAUGUUGAUGAAGCAAUAUCCAUGGAGGAAGAACAGCCUACCUUACAACCGAAAUGCUCUCCUGGCACAAAACCUCUGCCAUCUUCCUUUGAAUUAGCUCAAAAUAAAUCACCAGAAUCCCCAAUCGUUGAAAUUUCUCCAGCUCUUAUUAACCUCAUUCCUUUCCCUUCAUCGAUGCUUUCCCCAAAAGAAGAAACAUCUACUAGCCAUAAUUAUCAUCAGCAAUCUUUUUCAUCACCUGGACCUCAUUAUAUUCAGGAAGAAAAGAUCUCAUCGACAUCAAACCAUUUAGAAUUACCUCCAAAUCUUUCAUUACUUGCCCCUGUCUAUUUACCCGUUACAGUUACCUCUACAGAAGUGCUUGAUAUGUGUAAAAAACGUCUUUCAAAACCAGAAGAAUAUAAGCCUAUUUUUGAUGAAAACUUUCCUCCACCCAAAGAGCCAGUACCUCCACCAAAUACAAAUUUUACAUCUAAAGAAAAUUUAUUGUUAAAAACUCCCGUUGUUCUUGUUGAAAACCAAAGAGAGGCUAUGGCAAUUGAAUUACAAAGAUUUUGUUAUACUCAGCCAAUUGUACUUAUUCAUGGUUUAACACUAGCGUUAAAAAUCGAUUUGAGUCAAUUUUCUACAAAAACUCUUAUACAAACUGCCGCAGAUCAUGAGGUUGAAGUUCGAACACAGUACAAAAUGCCUUAUGAUGUAAAUGUUGAUCAAAUGGGAAAUCCAACAUGGUCAAUUAGAAGCAGUAAAAGUUUCACAACAAUAAGUAGAUUUGGUCAAUAUCAAGCAGAAUCAUUUAAACAUUCAUUAAAAGAAGAAACUGAAAAAUUAAAACAAGCAAAUCCUAAACUUUAUGGAAGUAGUAAUAUACCAUCAUGCUCAUCUUUGAAUUCUGAAAAUAUUGUUACAAGCGAUUUAUCACCAAUUCCAAAUAAAAAGCAAAGGAAAAUAAUAUUGAAUAAUAAUAAUGGAACUCCAACAAGUAAUUCUGCAAAUCCUGAAAAGGAAUAUAAAAUUAUUAAAUUUGGAACUAAUGUUGAUUUAUCUGAUGAAAAGAAAUUUUCUUUUCAAUUAAAGGAAUUAAAUAAACUUCCUCCAUUUUGUCGAAUUACUUCAGCAAGUAAUAUGUUAUCUUAUUUGGGACAUACUGUUUUUGGAAUGAAUACAGUCCAAUUAUAUUUAAAAGUACCUGGUUGUAGAACACCUGGUCAUUUAGAAAAUAAUUCAUUUGCAAGUGUUAAUGUAAAUAUUGGACCUGGAGAAUGUGAAUGGUUUGGUGUUCCUUAUGAAUAUUGGCCUGCUUUGGCUAAAAUGUGCAAAGAUCGCAAUAUUGACUUCCUUAGAGGUGCUUGGUGGCCAAGUGUUGCUGAUUUAAUUAAAGCAGAUUUACCAUUCUAUCGUUUUACUCAGCGUGCUGGUGAUGUUGUUUGGGUUAAUGGUGGUUGGUGUAAUAAUGUUGCUUGGAAUGUCGGCCCAAUGACUGCAAAUCAAAUAGAAAUGGCAUUAACAGCAUAUGAAUGGAACAGAUUAAAUUCCUAUCGUUCCUUGGUUCCCAUGCAACAUCUUUGUUGGGCACUUGCAAAAGAUGUUAGAUUUAGUAAUCAAAAAUUAUAUAAUAAUAUAAAAAAUAUGUUAAUUCGUUCAUUGGCUUAUUGUCAAAUGCUUGUAGACUUUGUGGGAACAGCCAUGAAAAGUCCUAUUAAAAUGCAGCAAAAACAAAAAGGAGAAUGUGCUCAUUAUUGUCAUUUAUGUGAAAUCGAAGUAUUUAAUAUACUUUUUGUUAAAGAAAUUAGUGGAAAAUGGAAAAUAUUUUGUUUUAAAUGUGCUAAAAGAAAUAAUCUGGAUGAAUAUGUGGUUUUACAACAAUAUCCUUUUGAGGAAUUGCAACUAAUUUUUGAUAGGUUUCAACUUCAAAUUACAAAACCUACAGUGAUUUGCUAA